AUGGAUCUCAAGUUGUUGUAUUGUAACGGUGGCCAAAUGGACGGUCCUCAAGGCAUGACAAGCCCAGCUUACGCUGAAAGCGUUAUUGGGCUAAGUACUACUCACGAUCUAGUCGUUCUGGUCGAAUGUAACUCCGGACCUAACAAGAACCAGGUUGAUCGUUUGCUUCAAGCAAGAAGGAACGUCCUUUAUGUUCCUAGUAGGACCAACUAUGGCCAGUUGAUUGUUUUUCGCAAUGACUGGACAGUCUCUCAUAUUUGUAGUGAUUCUAACAACAGAUGUCCUGUAGCGGAUCAUUACGGUGUACCUGCUGUAUUGGCGUUACUCUAUGGUCGUUAUGUCUUGUACAGAAUCCAGACUGCUGAAGGAAAUGAAUUUUAUUGUUUGUCCGUUCAUUUGAGAAGAAAGGGAUGUCUCAAUCAAGAAGACAACAACAGAAUUGCUAGAGUUGUGAACAUGUUUACCAGUAACAAUGUUGACUUGAUUGUUGUUGGAGAUUUCAACAAGGGAAGAUAUGAAGGUCGUGUUAAAUUCAAAAGAGAAACCUCAGUUUCCAGAAUCCAAAACAAUGUUUUCAAGUUCCACAACAAUCCUUUGCAAACCACCUCAUCAAGUAAGAAGAUUUAUGCUAUUGAUCAUGUUGGAACUGGAUUCCAAGCUGGCAAGAACUUCCAAUUUUUGAGUUGCGAAACCGGUAAAAUGUGCAUUCCACAAACCAAUCAUUUGCCAAUUACCUUGACAUUCAAAGAAAAGAGACAAGCUCGCAAAGUUGAACCUGUGAAGUGCACUCGUGUGCAACCUCACGCCAGUUUCUCUAAUGUUCAGUCACAUGGUUAUAAGAUCAUGCCACAGCCUUCAGUUGUUCAACCUUCAGUUGUCAAACCAUCUGCAUCAGUUGUAAACCCAUCGUGUAACACUAUUCAGACUAAUGCUGCACUCACCGAUGAAGAAUUGCGCAAAUUUUACGAUGCCAAUCGUUAUCACUUCAGCAGUCAUGCAGAAUUUUGCAGAAGAUAUGGCAAUAUUGACAGCUCCAACUUUUCCAAAUGGAGAAGAGGAUUGAAAAGCAGUCCAGCAAGCAGAAAUGCUGUUCUUCAAUUCAAAGCUGAUAUUGGUAGAGCGUCCAUCGUGUAUACCAAUCUUGUUGUUUGA